GCGUGGCGCCGCGCGAGGCGCAGUUGCGCUCUUUCCUAGUCUCUCCGCGCGCCUGGGGCGCCAAGCCGCGUCGCUGCGGCCGAGGGUGCCAUGUCAGACAACGAGGACAAUUUUGAUGGUGAUGACUUUGAUGAUGUGGAGGAGGAUGAAGGGCUGGAUGACCUGGAGGCUGCCGAGGAGGAGGGCCAGGAGAACGUCGAGAUCCUCCCCUCUGGGGAACGACCGCAGGCCAAUCAGAAGCGAAUCACCACACCAUACAUGACCAAGUAUGAGCGAGCCCGUGUGCUGGGCACCCGAGCUCUCCAGAUCGCGAUGUGUGCCCCUGUGAUGGUGGAGCUGGAAGGGGAGACAGAUCCUUUGCUCAUCGCCAUGAAGGAACUCAACGCCCGCCCGGCCUCAGAACCGCCCGGAUAGGAGCCGCCCUGGAUGGACAGAGGGACGAGGGACGAGGGACGAGCAUCCAGCCAGUCGUGUCCUGGCUGCCCUGCAGCCGUCUCCAACACCCGCUGCUGCCCGCUCGCUGCCCGCCUGCCUGGCAUCUCUUCUCGGUGGGUCCCCAUUCAUCCUUCCACCCCUUGGUUCUCCUCUUCAAGGAAAGGACCUCCCUGCUCUCUGCUGUGUCUGUGACUGGCCUGAGACCACCUGGGGCAGGAGGGGUGGCUGUGGAGGGAGAGGGCCCAGGGCUGGGAAGGAGGGAGAGGGGUCCUGCGGCCGCCCCUUCUCGAACUCCCUGCCUCCGCCCUUUCCCUCCUUGGCCCAGCUGUGCCAGGGCGGGGGUGGGGGUAGCAGUGGGCACACUUGGUCUGCAGAGAAGCCACGAUAGACAG